ACUCACUACUCACUACUCACUACUCACUACUCACUACUCACUACUCAGUGCUGGAAAACUCACUACCUUUCUCAUUUGCUCAGUGGAGAGAGAAAGUUCGUUUUGAGCGCGAAAAUGCUGUCUCUAUCUCUCCUCUUCUUGAUACUCUUCAUCCUUUCGAUCCUCAAAACUGUCCUCAAAUUCUCCAUUGCUGAUGCGGAUUUUACUCUAGUCUCGAAAAAACUCAAACACGACGAAAUUGAAGAUAAGGUUGUCUGGAUUACUGGAGCUAGCCGCGGAAUAGGGGAGGUUCUUGCUAAACAGUUUGCAAGCUUAGGGGCCAAGCUAAUACUGUCUGCACGAAAUGAAGCUGAAUUGGAAAGGGUAAAAAACCAACUCAAAGGUAAACAUGCCCCAAACGAGGUCAAGAUUUUACCUCUUGACUUGUCAUCUGGAGAAGAUUCUCUCAGAGAGGCCGUAGAAAGAGCUGAAGCUUUCUUCCCUGGUUUCGGUGUUGAUUAUAUGAUCCACAAUGCAGCCUAUGAGCGUCCUAAAUCUGCUGCUCUGGAUGUUCCCGAAGAAAGUCUUAAGGCUACCAUCAAUGUAAAUGUUUUUGGGACAAUAUCUUUGACGAGGCUACUCGCCCCUUACAUGCUUAAGAGGGGAAGGGGUCAUUUUGUGGUGAUGAGUAGUGCUGCAGGGAAGACACCUGCACCAGGUCAAGCCAUUUAUUGUGCUUCUAAAUUUGCCUUGAAUGGUUACUUCCAUUGUUUGCGUUCUGAGCUCUUUCAGAAGGGAAUCAAGGUCACUGUUGUUUGUCCUGGUCCAAUAGAGACAUCAACAAGUGCUGAAGCAGGUAGUUCAGGGCAAGCAAAGUCUUCUGAGAAGCGUGUCUCUGCCGAAAGGUGCUCUCAGCUGACAAUAAUUGCUGCUAGUCAUGGUCUGAAGGAAGUUUGGAUAUCUCAUCAGCCCGUGCUUGGAGUGAUGUAUUUGGUGCAGUACAUGCCAACAAUUGGCUUUUGGCUCAUGGAUAAGAUUGGUGAAAAACGAGUUGAAACGGCUGCACAAAAGGGGAACACGUAUUCAUUAGGUUUGUUGUUUGGCAAGCCGAAGAUGACAUGAUUUUUGUUUUUGAUUGAAUAUGGAUCCUUCAUUGUUGUGGCUGGGAGAAAGAAUGGAAUCGUCCAUGAAGAUCACAAACUUGGCUCUGCCAAAGAGUAAAAUCAUCUAUGAAGAUCACGAAUUUUUGAUAUGUUGAAUAUUUUUUUGCUCCACUAGUGUGGAUUGUAGUUUGGAGUUCAUUACAAUUUACAACUGUAAACGUGUACUUCAUCAGUAUCUCUGUAUUGUAGACAUGUAUUCCUGCAAGAAAACCUUAACAUUUUGUCGUCAAUAGAGGAAUGCGUUUCUGUUAGGUUGUUCAA